GUAAGUCUCGCGGAGUUUUCUGCUGUUUGGUGUAUGCCUUAAACUGGGAAGGCUUUGAAGGUGGGAAGUUAGGGUUAACUUCCAUUGUAAAUUUACACAAACCAUACCUCAGUUCGUCUAAAGAACAAAUGGGCAAACAUUGUAAUAAAUAACCGGAGUCUCACAACCCCAACCCUCAAAAAACUAAAGUACUGGAAUUAUAAACAUCUGAAGGGGUCCUGCAUUCAAGCACAGUAUGGAAGUUAUAGUGGAGUAUGACUAUGAUGCCCUCCAUGAAGACGAGCUCACAAUCCGGGUAGGAGACAUUAUUAGACAUGUGAAGAGACUGGAGGAGGAAGGGUGGAUGGAAGGAGAUCUCAAUGGCAAGACAGGCAUGUUUCCAGAUAACUUUGUCAAGGAAAUUAAGAAAGAAACUGAGGCAAAAGACAAAGUCCAGCCUAUUAAGAGAGAGCGUGGAAAUGUGGCUAGUCUUGUACAGAGAAUGAGUAUCUACGGGUUCCCAGCUGGAGCAUUUCAACCACAGUCCAAUCACAAGAGUUUCAAAAGGAGAUCAAAGAAACGACAGUGCAAAGUUGUUUUUGAAUACUUACCACAGAACGAAGAUGAACUGGAGCUGAAAGUGGGAGAUGUGGUAGAUAUUAAUGAAGAGGUUGAAGAGGGUUGGUGGAGUGGAACAAUGAAUGGAAAAUCCGGUUUGUUUCCAUCCAAUUUUGUUAAGGAAAUAGAAGUCUCAGAUGAUGGAGAACAGAAUGAUGUUCUUGAUGAUUCAGUGACUAACAGUAAAGAGCUUCCUGGAGCAGGCCCCACCACUCCUACUUCUCCGCAACUCUCUUCUGAAAUUUUGGAUGGAGCCAUAGCACAGCCAAAAAAAGUCAGAGGAGUGGGGUUUGGAGACAUAUUUAAAGAGGGAUCUGUCAAGCUCAAAGCAAGACUGCCUAGUAGUGAGUCAGAGGAGCGGAAGCUGGAGAAGCCACUUCCGUCAUUGCCAUCUGCUCCAAAGACUAAUCAGUUGAAUAUGACAGACUUAAUUAAGUUAGAAGGAGAAAGCAAACCUAAAGUAAAUGAAUACUGUAAAGCCCUGUUUGUUUAUGAGGGAGCAAAUGCGGAUGAACUGAGUCUUAAAGAAGGUGAAAUCAUACAGAUAUUAAGCAAGGAUACAGGAGAACCAGGUUGGUGGAGAGGAGAGGUCAAUGGCAAAGAAGGGGUAUUUCCUGACAACUUUGUGACUGUGAUAUUAGACUCUGAAAAAGAUGUUGCAGCACCUAAAGUUUCUUUUAGAUCACCUCCAAAACCAGAAAUAGAAGAUAAACCAAAAAAGCCACCACCGCCUGCAAAAUCCCCAGUACUAAAGCCCGAAGUUCCCAGUGCUGACAAGAAACCUCCUCCAGCCAAGCCUGAGGAAAAAGGUGAUAAACCAAUCGACCAGAAGCCUGCUAAGCCUGCUGCCCCUUUGGUUCCUCCCAAAAAGCCCAUCCCUCCUCCGGGGAAGGGAAGCAACCUACUCAGGACAGGAUCCACAGCUCCUAAAAGGCCAGAGAAACCACAACUGCCACCGCCUGUAGCCAAACCUAAUGGAGAGGUGCCUUCUAUUCGACCAAAGUCAGAAUUUGAGCCAGCAAUAAUUCGACCAAAAGAAUUUGAUUUGACACCAUCCAACAGACCAAAGUCUACACCUGGGGGGGAUUCAACAGAUGUUGACAUAGAGCUCAUGAGUUUCAAUGACAUUGCAUCUACCUCUGAGAAACUCUCUCACCCUACCACAAACCGACCGAAGAUGCCUGGCCGGAGGCUGCCUACACAGUUUGCCAGUUCUCCAAAUAAAGACGUUCAGAUUGAACAGGUCCUUAAAGUAGAAGAGGAGGAGCAUGUCAAGCCAAAGUUAUUGGAAUUUAAAAAGCCAUCCUUCCAGAUGCCACCAACACAGUCCACGUCAAAACCAAUUGCAGUCCCUAUUCCUGCUUGUGAUUUGAAACCCAAAGAAGAAGCAGAUGAUGAGAAUAAAUCUGAAGUAGAAGAGCUCAGGGCACAAAUUAAUCUGUUACUACAUGAUGUGGAACUGCUGAAGACACAGCAGAAGAAAGAAAUAACUGAGCUGAGAAAUGACUUGGAUGAAGAAAAAGAAAAGCGAAUUGCGUUGCAGAUGGAGAUAGACAAAUUGAAGAAGACAGUCCAACUCACAUGAGGAUUGAAAUUCUCAACUGAGAAGAAAAUAUUGUAUGCCUAAUAUUUUUUAAAUAAUCAUUGCUCUAUUCCACAUAUGGAAGAAAAUUGCCAUGUAUUGCACAUAAUAGGGUCAUUUUAGUUAGAGUUCUAAUUAAAUACAAUGGGUUUUUUUUUUUUUGUUUUUUUUUUUGCCAACACAAAUAAUUGAUGCCUUAUUUACUACUGUGCAGACUGCAUUCAUUGAAUGUCUGAGGUUUACUUUCAAUACUACUGAAUCUGUAUAAAGGGAUAGGGGGUUCAAACUAGAUUUUUUUUAUUAAAUGCUGGUAGUUGAUUUAAAAAAUGAGUAUAUAAUUCAGUCACAAGUCAUCUGUAUUGGUAUCUAUACAUAUUGUUUCAUAAAAUGAUAUAGCCUUGUAACAGGAUUGCAUUGGUUUGUCCAUCUAAAGGUAGACUAACUUUCUUUCUUUAGUUUCUCAACAUUCCUACCAAGAGUAACACUACUGUGUCUGUAGAAAUCCUUCAGUGUAAGUGUUAAUACAUAAAUAUCUUGCGUCCAAAAAGUAAAGAGUGAAGACUUGAUGAUAUAUUGUUUUGUUUUAUUUACUCAUUUAAGUCUCAACUUUUUUCAAGCUGUAGGAAAUACUUAAUAUAAACGUUUGUCUAUGCAUAGUGAAGCAAUACUCCAGCAAGCACCCAGUCUAUAACCCAUAUUGUAAUCUACAGCAAGAUUUCAUCUAAAAUAAAUCUAAUCCUGCAUUAGGUGCAGUUAUGUUUCUGAAGCUGUUCCUUUUGUGUAGCAUGUGUGAUGAACUUUUUAGGGUCUAACAGUAGUCCUUGGUGUUUCCUUUUUUAUAAAUGCGGAACAGUGACCACUGGAAUAGUAAAAACUAUGCUUUUAAUAAGUGUUUCUGUAGUUAUUAGAUUGACACUGGUUGCCAUUCAUCAAACAAGCAACUAGAUAAAGACAAUCCUUAGUAAUGAUUCAAAUUCCUAAACGAUGCUACAUAAAAACUGCCAUCUUAUUCCCAUAGCAAUAAAAUGAGUUUAUCUAUCUAUCUAUCUAUAUA